AGGGCGACGGCUGCAACGAUGAUCUCCCCGCGGGAACGAGGCGGGGAGGUGGCCCGAUUCUACACGGUCACCGAGCCCAAACGGCAUCCUCGGGGAUACACGCUCUAUAAGGUCACCGCGCGGAUUGUUUCACGAAGAAAUCCAGAGGAUGUCCAGGAGAUAGUCGUUUGGAAGAGAUACAGUGACUUUAAGAAAUUGCACAAAGAACUCUGGCAGAUUCAUAAACACUUAUUCAGGCAUACAGAAUUGUUUCCUCCUUUUGCUAAAGCAAUAGUAUUUGGGCGAUUUGAUGAAAGUGUGAUUGAAGAGAGAAGACAGUGUGCAGAAGAUUUGUUGCAGUUUUCUGCCAACAUCCCCGUGCUGUAUAAUAGCAAGCAGCUUGAAGAUUUCUUUAAGGAUGGAGAGGUGCAUGAUGGGUCUGAAUUGAUUGGACCUGCAGAACCUCUCUGGGAUUCCUUAACUGACAGUGUGUCUGUCUGCAGUUCUGAAGCCCAGAAAGAUGGCAGCGGCCUCGAUGAUGUGACGCUUAGCCAACCAGAAUGUGGAGGUUUCUCCAGCGACAGCGACCUGAUUUCUUUGACUGUUGAUGUGGACUCUCUUCCUGAGUUAGAUGAUGGAAUGGCAUCAAAUCAGAAUUCUCCCAGUAGAUCGUUCAGCCUCGGCUUUGCUGCUGAACCUUCAGCACAAGCCUCUGCUGCUUUGGGUCAUGAGUGGAGCAAACCUGAUGGUGAGAGGGAGAGCCGGGGCCUCUUUACUGGGAGCUUAAAGGCCAAGCUUGGCAGGCGAGACUACCUGGAGAAAGCUGGGGAGCUGAUCAAGUUGGCUUUGAAGAAGGAGGAGGAGGAAGACUACGAGGCUGCUUUUGGCUUUUAUAGGAAGGGGGUUGAUCUGCUCUUGGAAGGAGUUCAAGGGGAGUCGAGUCCAACACGUCGUGAAGCAGUGAAGAGAAAAACUUCAGAAUAUCUAAUGAGAGCAGAAAAAAUUUCUAGCCUUUAUUGUAGACCCUCAUCAGAAGAUGGAUCAGUUUGUGGGCCUCCAGGAUCACUAAGUUCAAGGCCCUCUUGGAACCUAAGGAGCCCUGCCGAGGAACUGAAGGCCUUUAGAGUCCUUGGGGUGAUUGACAAGGUAUUGCUAGUAAUGGACACUAGAACACAGCGGACAUUUAUACUGAAGGGUCUAAGGAAAAGUAGCGAGUACAGCAGGAAGAGAAAGACCAUCAUCCCCCGCUGCGUGCCCAACAUGGUGGCUCUGCACAAGUACAUCAUCUCAGAAGAAUCGGUAUUCCUUGUGCUACACCAUGCGGAAGGUGGCAAACUUUGGUCUUACAUCAGUAAGUUCUUGAACAGAAGCCCUGAAGAAAGCUUUGAAGCUACAAAAUCCAGACGAUCCAGCUCUACCAAAAUACAUUUGCAUCAGGCAACUCCUAGCCCUCAAGACAAUGGUGGUAGUAUUGACUCCAGGGGGAGCAGUGGAGGAAACAUGCUGAAGGUUGUACCACUGAAGACCAGUCUCACUCCAAGUUCUCAAGAUGGUAGUAGUAACCUGGAAGAUGGCCGGGAAAGUUCUCCUAAAUGGAUUGAUUCUGGGUCCAGUUCAGAUGAAGAAUGUACUCCAAGUUACCUAACAUUAUGCAACGAAUAUGGUCAAGAAAAGGUUGACCCUGGUUCAUUAAAUGAGGAACCUAUGAAAGCAGAUGAUGAUGUCCUUACCAAAGAGCAAGGAAGCUUUCAGGAGCAUGAUGUGGUUGCCAGUGGGGACUUGGGAUCUCCAUUCAUGUCUCAGGAAGUAAAGCUUUUUGCUGAUGAUGCUGAGGCAGAAUUAACCAGCCCUACUAGGAUAUCGGAAUCACUGAGUAAAUCCAAGAAUAGCCCCAUGGAAUUCUUUAGAAUCGACAGCAAAGACAGCACCAGCGAACUUCUGGGUCUUGACCUUGGAGAUAAACUUCACAGCUUAAAAUCUGAAUCUUUAAAACAGUUUUUUUCCUUGCCUGAUUGGGAUAGGAGUCUAGAUGCCGUAGACAAUAAACUCAGCCGUACAUCUCAGGAUAACAUCAGCAGGGGUUCCAAUGACUCUGUGCCAGUAAUUUCUUUUAAGGAUGUUGCAUUUGAUGAUGUAAGUAGUGUUGAUGAAGGAAGACCUGACCUUCUGGUAAACUUGCCAGGUAUAACUGAGCAAAUGAAAGAAGCAACAGCAGAUGGGCCAGUGAAAGUUACCAAGCCCAACGGAGAUGUUUUGGAAAGCAAACUUUUGGAAACUCCUGAUGUCUUGCAAUUACAUAAUAGUAUAGAACCCUGCAGAACACAUGACCAAAAGGUAAACUCUUUGAUGGCAGAAGUACCAGGAGCACAAUGCAGUAACAUUUGGGAAGUUUCCAGGGCAUUCCAUAUGUCUGAGAAUAACCCAGCUGGCUCUGGGGAUGGGGCACUUUGUGAAGGGCUUGGAGCAGCAUCUUCAUCACUAGGUGCAUGCAGCACAAGAGAAAGUUCAUUAAUUUCUAACAAGCAAGCUGAUGCUGAAGAACAGAGCUUAGAUGUGGACAAGGAAGCUGUGCUUCUCUUUUCUGAUCAAGCGGAAGACUUGAGCAACGAGGCAAUGGACCCUGCUUUGUUGAAUAGAACAGAAAGCAAAGAGGCAGGUGUGAGGGUCAGAGGCAAGAAUGAGAUACACCAAAUUUUUCAGGACCUUGAUGAGAGAUUAGCGCUAACCUCCCAGUUUUACCUCCCUGAGGGCUGUGUUCAGAGAUGGGCAGCUGAAAUGGUGGUAGCCCUCGAUGCUUUGCAUCAAGAAGGAAUUGUGUGCCGUGAUUUGAACCCAAACAACAUCUUAUUGAAUGAUCGAGGACACAUUCAGCUAACGUAUUUUAGCAGGUGGAGUGAGGUUGAAGAUUCCUGUGACAACGAUGCCAUAGAGAGAAUGUACUGUGCCCCAGAAGUUGGAGCUGUCUUUGAAGAAUCAGAAGCCUGUGAUUGGUGGAGUCUGGGUGCCCUUCUCUUUGAACUCCUUACAGGGAAGAGUCUAGUGGAGUGCCACCCGGCAGGAAUCAAUACCCACACCUGCUUGAAUGUGCCAGACCACAUAUCAGAAGAGGCAAGAUCACUCCUUCAGCAGCUUUUGCAGUUUAAUUCAGUGGAGCGUCUUGGUGCUGGAGUUGCUGGAGUUGAAGACAUCAAAUCUCAUCCCUUUUUUGUCUCCAUUGAUUGGGCAGAACUAAUAAAGUGAGUGGGCCGAGCAAGUCAUCUCCCCAUGUUCAGCCUUUUGACAGACACCGUUCUUGGCUUGCCACCAUUUUAAACAGUAGCCGAGUCCUUCGGCAAGGAUGAAAACUGAGACAGCAUCAAAAGAAGACAAUUUUAAUUAGUGUUGAUGACAAGACAAGAUAGUAUUUGACUUUUUAUGGCAAGAAGCUGAUCUGUGUAAACUAAGGUGUGAUCCAGAUUGAUUGCUACAGGACACUGACCAAACAUAAUGGUGAUCAUGGAGGUACCAGUGAAACAGCAAUCUAGUGUCAAAUGCCUGUCAUCUCUCUAGUGAACGCAUGACAAAAUGUCGUUGUGUCAUAUUUCCUCACACUCCUGUCCCAUAUUUUUGGCAGCCAUUUGAAGUGAAGGAGUGUACUGCCAGGUGAAAUUCAACAUGACUUUUGGGUGGCAAAAAAUCCCAUGUAGCUCCAGCCUGGGAAGUUAUGUAAACAGCAAGUAUCUUUUUUUUUUUAAGUGAUGGUGGGAGUAUAAAACUCCUGUUGUAUAUACCAGUUCCUACCAUACAUUGCCAGCUGAAAAAUAACCCCUUUUUAUAGCAGGGGAAUAUAUUUCUUUCCUAAGCUAUACAAAGCUGAGUAGGAAGUUGGGAUAUAGGGUGGGGAAUGGCAAGAAGAAUAACUUAUUAGUAACAUAUGCUAAAUAAAAAUGUAUGGUGCUCUUGCAAAACUUCACAUGUAAUACGUAUAUCUCUUUGUGGGUAAAAAAAAUGAAAACUGUCUUAUGUCAUGUGACUUCAAAAUGGCUUCCUAUCUAUCGAAAGACAAAAGAGGUCAUCCAGAUACUGUAAUCUUGCACUUGUGGAUAUCAAUGUCUGUUUUAAAGCACUAACUCAAGUGAAUUAUGUUUGUCACUACAAUGAAAGAAGUCUCUUCUCUCAACUUGUUAAUAAUUGCUUUAGAAAUGUAAAUAGAAUGCAAAGUAAAUAUAUAUUUUUUAAAAAAAUAAGUUGCCACAUUUCUGUGCAGGGAAUUUUAGGAUAGAUUACACAGGCAGAUAAACCCUGAACCAUUGCAGGUUGCAGGUGAGGGACUUGCCUGUUUGCCUGUUUCCAUUAUUAAAAUCUCCUUGUUCAUGAAAAACUAGCAAAUCAAGCAGAUGCUCUAGCCCAUCUAUCUAUCUAAUAUUCUAGUUUUCAACAUGCUGGGGCUCCAUUUUUUUUUAAUGUGGGAAGCAUUCAUCCAUGUAACACUUUACAUGCAUUCUGAAAUGGUUCUUAUUCAGGAACUCAGUACCACAUGAUCUGACUGGUUUUUUAGUUCUGAAAAUGUUCUUUUGAAUGCUCCUAGGUUUCAUGUUCACCUAUUCUUUGAGAAAUGGUGUGUGAGUGAAGUGAGGGAGGUGUCUGUAUUGCCAAUGUAAAUCCCUCCUAAGGAGGAAUGGGCCUUCCAGUAAGUGCUUUUCAUGAAGGACAUGAGGGUUUUCUUAUAAACUGCUCCAUCAAGAGGCACAGAGGAAUCUUUGAGAAGGAGAAGUGUUAUAUUGUGCUUCUCAUGGACAAGUACCCAGUUGUACCUAAUGGGAUGUCUGCAAGAGGGUGGAUGUCUUUUCUUGAAUAUACUGUUCCUUUUGAAAUAGGCAUGCCAAGGAAGUCAUUUCUUAAUGGAUUCUUAAUGGACCCACACACAUGCCCUGCUUCGAUUGCCAUUAUCCUAGUUCAUUAAGGGGCAGUUGUGCUGUUGGUUCUUAAUUAAUUUUGCUAGAUAGAGAAAUGAAGAAACUUGGCACAGCUAGCUCCAAAUGUUGGGGGGGGGGGACAGGCUCCCAAAAUUGAUAU